AUGCUUAUAAACGUCUUGAACCACUCGACGAAACACAAUUUUAGCCUAGCCAUCCCUUGCCGCCGCCAGAAGAAAAGGACUCCACCAGCCAUGGCUACACACUCAAUUGGGAAUCCCGCUCAGGAAUUAUCCUUCACUUACGUCGCCAACUUCAUCAACGAUGCUGCUGCUGAUGUUUCCGCUGUGGACGCUAGCCAACUGGCUCAAAUAAGACAGUUUUUGAAGACGCAUAAGGCAACGCUCAUCCAAGGUGUUUCACAGCCAAAGCCGGACGUAGUCGCACCACGCGGUGACAAUAAACUGCGCUCCUUAAUCGCACAUUUACUGCAGAUAAACGUCGAUGAUGAUCCGUCGUUUGCUCACUCUGAGGACCCUGGCCUCGCUGCUCAGCUCUUUAUAUCCGAGAGGUCGUCCAAACUACACAUCCUGUACUCGCUUCUCGUCCACCCAGAUAUUGACCCCGAUGUACACUCUUUCUUUGCCAACGAUAAGUUCAACAUAGCGGAAAGGCUGAUCUCUUUAAUAGCGUCCAUCAUGCAGACGUACGACACUACCACGGCGUCGGUCUUGGAGCAAGGCCGGAUCGAUGAUCAAGACAGUGUCACGUUAGAUUCACUGGUUCAAUUGAAGAAUUUCUCCGAUUUGAAGCUUGUGUUGCUAAUCCUACAGAUUUUAAACUUGCUCAUCCUUAAUACAAAAGUACCCGUAGGAAUCGUCAACCAAUGGUUCCUUCAAUUUCAAAAUCAAUUCGUCGAGUUUAUCAGACACGUCGGCUCUCCGGAAAAAACCAUCGACACUUCUUCAUCGCAGUUUUAUAAGUUUCAGAAUUUCCAAGACCUGAGUUACCUUUCAAAAACGCUUGUUUCCAGAAUAUCGUCCCUAACAGCAAUCACGACCAUUUUGAUGCUCGGGCUUAACACCGCAGUAGCUCAAUUUGACCUUCAAUCACCUUUAUAUUCCGAUUCACGCACUUUCGAAACCAUCAACGCCGCUUUGGAAAAUGAUUUAACAACCAGUAUCGUGAACGAAGAUCCCGUUUUCCAUCCCAUGAUCCAUUAUGCUUGGUCCUGCAUACUCUACCAUAGACUAGCAUUGCAACAAUCAGAAUCAUUGGAAGAUCCAGAAAUAGCCAAAUUUGCGCAAUUUGCCGAAUCACGAAACAUUUUCCCUGAAUUGGACACUUUGGCAGAAGUAUUAUCGUUUGAUCCCACCUACACUACCAUCAUUACAGUUUUUUUGGAAUUCUCUUUGAACUUCAUCCCUAUAACAGCAUCCACUUCUCAUGUUUUCGCCAAGAUAGUUUCAAAGGCCCCAAGGCAAUUUAUUGAAAAUUUCUUGACGAAUGACACUUUUGAAGACAAACUAAGCAUCCUAAAGGCUAAAUUGCCGCUAUUAAACGAAUCACUUAUCCCCUUGAUAAAUCUAUCAUUAAUCGAUACGGAAUUUGCCAAUUUCGAACUGAAAGAUAUUAAUUCGUUCGCGAUCUCCAAAAAUAGCUUAAACGACUUGGAUUACGAUUUGAUAGCAGACAUAACAGCAUCAUCUUCGUUUUCCUCUUCGGAUAUCAUUAUACCUGAUUUGAUAGAAUUGAAAUCCGAUUUGCUAGUAUCGCCCCCUCUAGAAAGAGAUAAUUCCAAUAGUUUAAUGUCGAUACCGAAAUCUACAAAGGCCAAAAUACUUUCCAUCAAACAACAACAGCAAGAAGAUAAUGGCCAGCAGCCACCUAUGACUUCAAACCUGAUCAUCUUUCUUUACAAAUAUAACGGUUGGUCUCUAGUGGGUAGAAUAUUACAAAAUCUACUACAUUCGUAUACGGAAAAGGGUACCCAAUUGGAUCACUCACACCAUGAACUGAUGAUAUCCAUAAUAAAAUUAAUUGCUAAUGUCGUGGAUCCAAGGACAACCUUGGAGAGAUCAAAUGAAAUAUUAUCAAGCUUGUCGAGUUCUCUAGACACUACAAGCAGCGCUCUAAAUAACGCGUCGAUCAUUCAAGUAAUUUUUGAGAUUUUCGAAAUUUCACUACAAAAGAAGGAUUAUAAUUUAAUAGUGAAGUGUUGCGAAUUUCUGACAAUGCUCACACCAAAUUACCCCCAUUUGGUCUCUUCUUAUUUGAAUAGAUCAGAACUAUUGGAUAAAUACGGGAAGACAGGUCUUUCCAAUAUGAUUCUUGGUUCGGUUGAAUUAUCAACAGGCGAUUACAAAUUUACUAUUCAAUUGCUUAAACUAACAAACAUUUUCAUUCAAGAAUCCUUAUCUCUGCAAAACAGUCAUAUCUCCAAAAGGACUAAAAUUGAUAUUAUCAACAAGCUGGUCCUACAUGCAGUCCAUAUUUUUGAAAGCUAUUACAGUUGGAAAUAUAAUGACUUCCUACAAAAAUUCGAAAUCGCCUUCCAUUUGACUUCGAUUUUUUAUAAUGUGCUUCACAACGUUUUCACCAUGAAUCCAUCUCAAAAGGAUCAACUGAUUACUUUUCCCUCAGCAAAUAAACUGUUGCAGGUAUUUCUAACUCCUAUGGACUCCAUCGACUUGGCCCCAAAUACUCUGAUGAAUAUUCUCAUUUCGCCAUUGGAUGCCACAACUAAGAUUUUGGGAGACAAGAUCUUAGGCAACCUAUAUUCCAGAUUGAUGAAUAACUCUUUUAAGUUAUGCAAACUCUUGAUUUCCAUCAGAGGUAGUAAUCAUGACCUAAAACCAAGCAACCUGGAAAAACUGAUUUUCAUGAACUCCUCAAAAUUGAUCGACGUUUACACUUUACCAAAUUACGUUUUUCUGAAAGCUCAAAUCAUAGAACUACUAAGUUAUUUGGUGGAAGCGCCUUGGAAUGACGAAUAUCCGUUUUUGUUAUCCUUCUUGGGAGAAUCUAAGUCAAUGAAAUUUUUAGAAGAGGUCCUAUCUGAUUUGAAUUCUCCUGUACAAAAUUGGGGCCUUUUACAAAAUCUUUACAUUUUCUUCACGACUUUACUAGAGAGCAAACAAGAUGGGUUAUCAAUUCUUUUCUUAACCGGCCAAUUUGCCUCUAACAAAAACAGUAAUGAUGAAUCGUCCAUAGAUAAGAACAAAUCAAUUUUAACUGUUUUACAAAAAAAUGCUCUACUGCUAGACUCGAUGCCCGAAGAGGUCAGUUGUAAACUUUUGGAAACAAUCACAUAUGUUUUAAACACUUGGACAAAUUCUAAAAUUUUCAUCAAAGACUGCAAAUUCGUGGAUAUCUUAUUGAACAAAUUGAAGAACUCCAAAACUUUGUUCCAAAAGAAAGAAAAUUUGACUCGUGAUGAGACUAUUCAUCUUAUUAAGAAAUACAAAUUAGUCUCGAGAAUUGUAGAAAUUUUUGCAUUGUACAUUUAUAACUCAAACGAUUCAAAUGCAAAAAUUCUAAGCUUUUUGAACCAAGCAGAUUUAUUUGAGCUAGUCAGUCAUUUUUUCCAAAUUGAUGGGUUCGAUAAAACGUUUCAUGAUGAUUUGAAUCUCAAAUUUCAAGCUCAAUGGCCUAGUCUGGAAUUAAAAUCAUUUCAAAAAAUUCCCUUGUCAAAAAUAAAUGAAAACGAGAAUUUCGGUUACGAUAUUCAAUUAUUAGAUCUAGUAUUGAAAAAUGACCCUAAUUGGUGCGAACCUAGCAUCAACCAGAACGAUUUUAGAAAAGAAAUCAUCGAUGCUUCAUUAAAUUUACAGUAUGUGAAUUACGAAAUAUCUACUGCAAAGGCUUGGGGUGCGUUAAUCACCACAUUUGUUAAGAGGAGCCCAAAUCCACUAAGUGAUAGCUUUAUUGACCUAGUGGCGCAUUUCUUACAAUUGAAUAUUGAAUUUGGUUCAGACAAACAGCUAUUUACUCAAAUAUAUUUGGAAAGGAUUGAAUUGGCGUUUUAUAUCUUGUAUUCUUUCAAGCUAUCAGGGAAGUCACUGAAUGAAAGGAAAAUAGUUGAACUAUUAAACAAGAUUUUUAUAAUUUUCAAAUCUGAUGAAAUUGAUUUUAUAAAGAUGAUUGGCGGAUCUUUCAAAAACAAUUUCUAUAGACCUCUAUUAAGAUCCGCCCUAAUCCUUUUAGAGUUGGUCACUACGGGUGAUCAUUUUAUCGAGUCAGUAUCUGAUCAAUUAUUGGAGUUUUUUGAAUCGGUAUUCAGCAAAGGUGUUUACUUGAUACUAUCUAACAUCUUAUGCCAGAUUAAUAAGUGCUCUACAAAGAGCCUAAAUGCGGACCAUGCCACACAGAUUGCCAACUUGGAGGAAAAUACUCAAGAUUUACUUUUAUUACUAUCGCUGUUCAAGAAAAUCACGGAUUUGAGUCCUUCUAAGAAAUUCAAUGUUAUCUUAGCAUCAUCUUUAAAUGAGGUAGGGACUUUGAAAGUAAUUUUAAACUUAUAUUCAAGCGCACAUUUGGUUAGAAUUAAUGAUGAACCAGUGCUUGGGCAAAUUACUUUGACUUUUAUCUCUGAAUUGUGUUCGAUUGAACAAAUUGCCGAUACAUUUAUCAAUAGUGGACUGUAUACUGUUUUACUGGAAAGCCCACUGUCGGUGGCUAUACAGCAGGGAGAUAUCAAACCUGAAUUAUCGCCCAGACUACAUAACAUUUGGAGCAAUGGUCUGUUGUCUAUCAUCCUAUUGUUAUUGAGUCAAUUAGGCAUCAAGGUUUUACCUGAGACUUGCCUCUUUGUCUCAUAUUUUGGCAAACAAAUCAAAUCAACAAUAUACAAUUGGGGCGAUAACAAAUUAGCGGUAUCAAGCUCAUUGAUAAAGGAAACCAAUCAAUUGGUUUUGUUACAGAAAAUGUUAAACUUACUAAACUAUCAAGAACUGUUAAUUGAAUCUAAGAACUCUGAUGAUAAGGAUAGAGUCGUAGAACUAGUCAUUGGUUUAGAUUCGGAUUAUGAUAAGAAAAGAUUAAGUGCAGCACUAAGCAAAUUCUUGACGCAUCCAAAGUAUUUGAAUUCGAGAAUAAUACCCACCACUCUGGAAGAGCAACAGCUUUUGGAAGAUGAACCAAAGAGACUGGAAUUCGUCAAGGGUAUAAGCAGAGAUAUUAGAACAUUGCAAGAUUCGCUAUUCAAGGGCGCUUGA